CCGCGGCUCCUCCGGCUGCUCGGCUCUGUUUCGUUCGGCCCCGAGCGAGGGCCGCCGAGGCGGUGGGCUGAGAUUCUUCUGAAAUUCUUUCUUUGGUGAGGGUCAUCAGAAGGAGACACAGGAUUUGCUCUCAAAGAGUGGUUUGGUUUCCUGAGAACCUGCAGGUGGACCCUGGGCGCUCCGUGCUCGCCCCUGGAGGAGGCGUGUGAGGAAGACUGUUCCGUGCAGACCAGGACACUCCUGCCUGGCCGUCAGGCCUCCCGGCUCCUGGUUCCAGCCUUUUUACCAAAUCCUGUGAGACUUCAGCAGCAAUGGAAGAGUUAAUAGUUGAACUUCGUCUCUUUCUGGAGCUCCUGGACCAUGAAUAUCUAACGUCAACCGUCAGGGAGAAAAAGGCAGUGAUCACGGACAUCCUGCUGAGGAUACAGUCAUCCAAAGGUUUCGAAGUGAAGGACCAUGCUCAGAGGCAAGAGACCCCCAACAGCCUGCCGGCUCCUCCCCAGAUGCCUUUGCCGGAGAUCCCUCAGCCGUGGCUGCCACCUGACAGUGGGCCGCCACCGCUACCGACGUCAUCUCUCCCGGAAGGUUACUACGAGGAAGCUGUGCCGCUGAGCCCUGGGAAAGCUCCAGAAUACAUCACGUCAAAUUAUGACUCGGAUGCCAUGAGCAGCUCUUACGAGUCGUACGAUGAGGAAGAGGAGGACGGAAAGGGCAAGAAGACGCGGCACCAGUGGCCGUCCGAGGAGGCCUCCAUGGACCUGGUGAAGGACGCCAAGAUCUGUGCCUUCCUGCUGAGGAAGAAGCGCUUCGGGCAGUGGAGCAAGCUACUGUGUGUCGUCAAGGACACCAAACUGCUGUGUUACAAAAGCUCCAAGGACCAGCAGCCCCAGAUGGAGCUGCCCCUCCAAGGCUGCAACAUCACAUACACCCCGAAGGACAGCAAGAAGAAGAAGCACGAGCUGAAAAUCACCCAGCAAGGCACAGACCCGCUGGUUCUUGCAGUCCAGAGCAAGGAGCAGGCCGAGCAGUGGCUGAAGGUGAUCCGAGAUGUCUACAGCGGCUGCAGUGGGCCGGCGGAUUUAGAAGGUCCUCCCCCGUCGAUCUCUCCAGUGCACAAGACAGAGCUCGAGAAGAAGCUGUCUUCUGAGAGACCCAGCUCAGACGGGGAGGGCGUUAUGGAGAAUGGAGUCGCUGUGUGUGAAGGAAAAGAACAAGUUAAGAGGAAGAAGAGUUCCAAAUCAGAGGCCAAGGGAACCGUGUCCAAAGUCACUGGGAAGAAGAUCACCAAGAUCAUCGGCUUGGGGAAGAAAAAGCCCUCGACAGAUGAGCAGACCUCAUCCGCGGAGGAGGACGUCCCCACCUGCGGCUACCUCAACGUGCUCUCCAACAGCCGUUGGCGGGAGCGCUGGUGCCGAGUCAAGGAUAACAAGCUCAUCUUCCACAAGGAUAGGACCGAUCUCAAGACCCACAUCGUUUCUAUUCCUCUGCGCGGCUGUGACGUGAUCCCGGGCUUGGACUCCAAACACCCCCUGACCUUCCGACUGCUUCGCAACGGACAGGAGGUGGCCGUGCUGGAGGCCUCCUCUUCUGAGGACAUGGGCAGAUGGAUUGGGAUUUUGCUGGCCGAGACGGGGUCCUCCACAGACCCCGGGGCCCUGCACUACGACUACAUUGACGUGGAGACGUCUGCGAACGUCAUCCAGACGGCCAAACAAACCUUCUGUUUCAUGAACAGGCGUGGCAUCUCUGCCAACCCGUACCUGGGGAGCACCACCAAUGGCUACGCGCACCCCAGCGGCACGGCGCUGCAUUAUGAUGACGUCCCGUGCAUUAACGGCUCGUUGAAGGGUAAAAAGCCCCCAGUAGCCUCCAAUGGGGUUCCGGGAAAAGGAAAGACUCUGAGCAGCCAGCAAAAAAAGGUGGAUUCGGCAGCCGGCGUGAAGCGAACAUCUUCAAAUGCUGACCAGUACAAAUAUGGCAAGAACCGGGUCGAAGCCGAUGCCAAGCGGUUGCAGAGUAAAGAAGAGGAGCUGCUAAAGCGGAAGGAGACGCUGAGGAACAGGCUGGCCCAGCUCCGGAAAGAGAGGAGAGACCUGCGAGCCGCCAUCGAAGUGAACGCUGGCAGGAAGACCCAGGUGGUUCUGGAAGACAAGCUGAAGAGGCUGGAGGAGGAGUGUAAGCAGAAGGAGGCAGAGCGCGUCAACCUAGAGCUCGAGCUGACGGAGGUCACGGAGAGCCUGAAGAAGGCCCUGGCCGGCGGGGUCACCCUGGGGCUGGCCAUCGAGCCCAGGUCGGGGACGUCGAGCCCGCAGUCUCCAGUUUUUAGGCACCGGACCCUGGAGAGCUCACCCAUGUCCAGCUGCGAGACCAGUGAUGCCGAGGGCCCGGUGCCGGUGAACAGCGCAGCCGUGCUGAGGAAGAGCCAGCCGGCGGGCGGCUCCCCCUGCCGGGGGCAUGUGCUGCGGAAGGCCAAGGAGUGGGAGCUGAAGAACGGGACGUAGAGGGACGGCGGGACGCCCUGCUCGCUGGCGCUGCCGCCGCAGGAAGCUCCGCCCGCGUGGCCACGGUGCAGGACACCAGGGUUUGUGACUGAGCCCCGACGCCACCAGCGCCCAGACCCGCCCGCGCGGCCUCUUGCUACUGUACUUGUCCCCUCUAAAGAAAAUCACUUGUGACACUUGGGUUUCCACCUCUCUCUGUUGAGGAGCAGGGAGGGAGGUAGAGGAGUCCUUUGGCAGAUGAGAAGCUGCGUCUUCUUACCGAGCUCAGUGAGUGCUUUCCCCAGUGUCCGCCCGUCCCGCCCCCGGACUGCAGGUGCCCGG